UUGUCACAGUGCUUAUUACAGCCACACUAGAGGGCGCUGUGACAUGAUGUUGAUAUCAAACUUUAGGCCUGACAUCCUGCUCAUUUUGCACCAGCCAUUUUGUGGAUCACACACAAAACAUUGAGAGAGGAAGAGAAGUUUGUCGACGGAGGACAGAGGAGCUGAUCCGAAGCACGAUGAGUACACAGGGUCAAGAGGAGAAAAGAUACGACCCCAAAGACACGACUCUGAAGUUUGUCAACAGACCGGAUGAUCUGGAUCCACUGUCGUCAGAGGAGGGAGACAAAUGUCUCCGAGCAGAGAUGUCCUGUGGUCACGCCGUCACUCCAGAGUCUCUCACUGGGUGGUGUCGCAGCCUGCUGGAUCAGGGCCAGAACAAAUUUAAGUGCCCUGCUUUAAAGGACGGCACCCUGCAGAAGUGUGAUAAAGAGUGGUCUUAUCAAGAAGUGCGCAGGCUGGCAGUGCUGACAGCUGAAGAGAGGCAGUACUUUGAAGAGAAAAUGGCGCUUCGGGCUGCCACAGAAUACUGUGAUUUUAAAGAAUGUCCUGGGUGCAAAACCUAUAUGAAGAGAAAAAACCCGAGUAACCUCAGCGUGCGUUGCACAGUCUGCACAGAAGACAACAAGAAAGCUUACGAGUUCUGCUGGCAGUGUCUGAAGCUGUGGAAAGGUGCGGCUCCACGCUCUGACCGCUGCGACAACGACGGCUGCAUCAACCUCGACCUCGAGGCCCUCAAGAACUGUGGCACCACCAACCUCCCUAAGGUGAAAGGGGUCGACGCCUGUCCCUCACUCAGGGCCUGUCCCACCUGUGGCUUGAAGGUGGCGCAUGACACAACGGGCUGUAAGAACAUCAUCUGUCCUCGCUGUCAGAUUGAGUUCUGCUUUGUGUGCCUGAAGCUCACUCCUGAGUGCCUGAAGACGAGCUCUUACUUCAUCGCCUGCAGUGAUGGUGUGGCUCCCAUACAAACCUCCAUACCUGUUUGGCACAGAAACUAAGAGAGAAUUUGCACACAUUACGUUCUUGUGAUGUAGCUUGCUGCCUUCCUCUGUCACGCUAUGCUGUACGUUUCUUGUUGGAUUUCAUCGUUUGAUUACAAUAUUCUCUUUGCAACUGAAGCCAAAAGUGUAGCCGUAUAGACGUAUAGACGUAGUAAAAAUAUGUGCUGCAUUUUCUCGUAUACUGCACUGUUUCUGAUGUUGCCUCUGAAAGUUGCUGUCUUAGAAUUGAUCUCUCAAUAACAGUUCAUCAUUGUCAACUGCAUCACGUAAUAAAGUUUCCCUUUACACGAA